CAUAAGUUAUUAUAAACUAAACCACUUUUAGAGAUUAAUAUUGGAUGGUCCUUUGAAAGAAAACAACACCCAAAUCGGAGAAAGACAUUGCAUUCCUGCAGAUUGGCUUCUGAAUUCAAAAAGAGGACGACGAAGGAACAUAGAAAGGCUGGACUAGCUUCUUGUUCAUUAGAUAAUAUGAAACCAGCUGCUCCACCCAAAUCAGAAAUCUUUUAUGUUAGCAUCAGAGAAAGAAAGAUGGAGGGUUUGGGUUACUUCUUGCAAAGCAAUACCAUCAUCAUGAGAUGGAUUCGGUGGAUUCUGUUUCUAGUUGCAGGUCUUCAUGUCGCCUCUGCUUCCACAGAUACCGAAGAUGUUGCAGCACUGCGAUCUCUUAUGUCUCACUGGCAGAACAUUCCACCAAGUUGGGGCAAGACAGAUGAUCCUUGUGGAACACCAUGGGAAGGAGUCAGUUGCAGAAAUUCCAGGAUCACUGCAUUGAGUUUGUCUACCAUGGGCUUAAAAGGUACACUAAGCGGUGACAUUGGUCAAUUCACUGAAUUGACAACCCUGGACCUCUCAUACAACAAGGAACUCACUGGUCCCCUGUCACCACGGAUUGGAGAUCUUCAAAAGCUUAACAUUUUGAUCCUAGCUGGUUGUGGCUUCACUGGUACUAUCCCAACAGAAAUAGGCAACCUAGCAAAACUCACCUUCUUGGCUCUUAAUUCAAACAACUUCAUUGGUGGUAUACCUCCUUCCUUGGGUAGCCUUUCCCAACUUUAUUGGCUGGACCUUGCAGAUAAUCAAUUAACAGGGUCUUUGCCCGUCUCUGACAACAAUUCUCCGGGCUUGGAUCUUCUUCUCAAAGCAAAACAUUUCCAUUUCAACAAAAACAAACUAUCAGGUGCCAUUCCAUCUAAGCUAUUCAGUUCUGAGAUGGUACUAAUACAUGUGCUAUUUGAUGGAAAUCAAUUAAAUGGGAGUAUACCUUCCACAUUGGGUCUUGUUAAGACCCUUGAGGCUCUCCGGCUUGAUAGAAAUUCUCUUACCGGGCCAGUUCCAUCUAACCUCAACAACCUUACCAGCCUCAAUGAAUUGAAUUUAGCAUACAAUAAACUGACUGGCUCAGUACCUGACCUAAGUGGAAUGGGUUCCCUCAAUUAUGUGGACUUGAGCAAUAACACAUUCGACAAAGCAGAAGCUCCAAGGUGGUUCUCAACCAUUGGAUCCUUAACCACUUUAGUUAUGGAGUAUGGACAACUUGAGGGGUCAGUGCCAUCAAAUCUCUUUAGCCUCCCUCAAAUACAACAAGUGAAACUGAGAAAUAAUGCAUUCAAUAACACACUAGACAUGGGUAACAACAUUGGCCAACAACUGCAGUUCGUUGAUCUACAAAACAACAAUAUUCAAUCAGUAAAUCGCUCUGGAUACUCAAACACUCUAAUACUUGUUGGAAAUCCAGUAUGUACAAUUACCACGAAUGAUAACUACUGCCAGCUUCGAGGAACAGGACAGGCUUAUUCCACUGACUUGACUAUCUGUAGCUCCAAGUCAUGUCCCCCACAACAAAGUGUGAACCCUCAGAGUUGUGAUUGUGCCUAUCCAUACACAGGGAUUUUAAUUUUCAGAGCACCUACCUUCCGAGAAUUGUCCAAUGCCGCUAUGUUUCAUUCACUAGAAAUGAGCCUUUGGGUAAACCUUAGCCUUGCGCCUGGUUCAGUUUCCCUCCAAAGCAUCUUCUUCAACAAGGAUGACUAUCUACAGAUGCAAUUGGAACUCUUCCCGUCAAAUGGAAAGUACUUUAACAGGACAGAGGUUCAAAGGAUUGGGUUUUAUUUGAGCAACCAAGUUUAUAAACCUUCAGAUAUAUUUGGGCCAUACUUAUUUAAUGCAUUUUUUUACCCUUUCCCAGAUGGAAGUCAAGGAACUUCACUAAGCUCAGGUGCCAUUGCUGGAAUAGCAAUUUCUUGUGUUGCUUUGGUCUUCUUACUCAUGGGUGUGGGAAUCUAUGCCAUUCGGCAAAAGAAACGUGCAGACAAAGCUACUGAAUUGAGUAAACCAUUUGCAUCAUUGUUUCAAAUGAAUAGUGAUAAUGGUGGUGCACCAAAAUUAAAAGGAGCUAGAUUGUUUUCUUAUGAUGAACUCAGAGCGUGCACCAGCAAUUUCUCAGAAAGCAAUGAAAUUGGAUCUGGGGGCUAUGGCAAGGUUUAUAAAGGAAUUAUCUCUAGUGGGCAAGUGGUAGCAAUUAAAAGAGCAACACAAGGUUCAAUGCAGGGUGGGCAUGAAUUUAGAAAUGAAAUUGAGUUGCUUUCACGGGUUCAUCACAAAAAUCUGGUGAACCUGGUAGGCUUUUGUUUAGAGCAAAAAGAGCAGAUGCUGGUCUAUGAAUUCAUUCCUAAUGGGACGCUUUGGGAGAGUUUGUCUGGGAGAUCAGGAAUUCACCUAGAUUGGAAGAGGAGACUCCAAAUUGCUCUAGACUCAGCCAGAGGAUUAUCGUAUCUUCAUGAACAUGCUAAUCCCCCCAUAAUUCAUAGAGAUGUUAAGUCGAGUAAUAUUCUAUUGGAUGAAAAUUUAGUUGCAAAGGUUUCAGAUUUUGGACUGUCCAAGCUGAUAUCAGACAUUUCUAAGGGGCAUGUUUCCACCCAAGUUAAAGGAACAGUGGGAUACCUAGACCCUGAGUAUUACAUGACUCAACAAUUGACUGAGAAGAGUGAUGUUUACAGCUUUGGCAUAGUAAUGCUUGAACUAGUAACAGCUAAGAAGCCCAUAGAGAAAGGAAAGUAUAUUGUUCGUGAAGUGCGAAUGAUUAUUGAUGAGAAUGACAAAGAGAAUAAUGGAUUGAAGGAGAUUAUUGAUCUGAACAUUAAAAAUGAUGCAAAACUUUUUGGUCUUGUAAGAUUUGUAGAGUUGGCCAUGAGAUGUGUGGAAGAAUCAGCUACAAACCGCCCAACAAUGAGUUAUUUGGUCAAGGAGAUAGAAAGCAUACUACAAAAUGAAGGGCAGAAUACAAAUUCAACCUAUGCAUCCUCAUCUGUGACACACCUUCCUCGACAUCAUAUAGAUGUUCUAUCAGAAGAUGAUUUCAAUAAAAGUGAUGCCUUUGAAUAUAGUGGUGGGUUCAUGUUUCCCGCUAAAAUUGAACCCAUGUAGUUUGUGGUAAUUUUCUACAAUUGCGAGUGGAGCAUGAAAAAUCAUUUAAAUUCA